AUAAUUUUACUUACGUCACAACAGAUUAUACAGCGUGAUUUCGAAGAGAAGCCACGAAAGCAUGUCUGCCGACUGCUUCUAAUUUCAAGUAGCGAAGACUGCUGGAUUAAGAAAGAAAAAGAAAAAGAAAUACGAAAUUUUCAUGAAACGUUUCCUAGAAUACAGUAGGCUUCACUGAACAUUGUUUGAAAAUUAAACUUUAAAGAAACAUGGGAACAGAACUUACUGAGGAAGAAGUGGAUGGGUUCUUGAUGGAGAAUCCAAGAUUCGUUAGAUCAUGGCUCGCUGAACAUGAUCUAGGUAAAUUGGGUGAACAUUUAUUCUUUAAACAUGAGAUACGAGAAGAAAAAGCACAUGCUUUCAUAGAUUUCAUAGGAAACGCCUUGUCUCGAAGGAAACCGACUCAAAAAGAGGAGAACGAAACUCUUACGGAAAAUGAAUUGUAUAAAGAAGUUGGGAAAAUUCUUAACAGCGAGCUUCAUACAGAUUCUCUAUGCCAUAGAGUUCUUCAGAAAUUAUGUACCUUACUUCGAUGUGAAAAAGCAAGUCUUUUUUUGGCUCGAGGAGCGGGAAAAACUCAAUAUCUAAUCUCGACCCUGUUUGAUGUUACAUCUGAAUCUACUCUUGAAGAAUCACUUCAUACUGAAGAAAACGCCAUACGCGUUCCCUUCGGAAAAGGUAUUUCAGGAUAUGUAGCUCAGAGUAAGUGUUUACUAAAUAUUAAGGAUGCAUAUCAGGAUCCUCGUUUCUUAUCUGAUGUCGACGAAAAAACUGGAUUUCGCACCAAAAGCAUUCUAUGUAUGCCAAUUCUAGACAGUGGUGAUAAUUUGUUAGCUGUCGCUCAAGUAAUGAACAAAAUAAAUGAGGAAUAUUUUAAUUCAGAAGACGAAAAUAUCUUCGAGAGGUUUUUGUCAUUUUGUUCCAUCAGUAUGAACAACAGUGCUUUCUUUGAAAAUUCUCUUGAAGAGCAUGAGCGUCACAAGUUAUUACUAAAACUAAAUCGAUGUAUACUAAAAUAUCAAAAUUCUCUAAAGAAACUAAUGUCCGAAAUUACCAAACUUGCCAUGGAAAUGUUACAGUGUGAGAGUAUCAGCAUUUAUUUGAGUGAUCCGAAAAAGGAUAACCUUUGCCCAACUGAAUCUUCGAAAGUCUUUCAAUUAUUGAAAAGCGCUUCAGAUAUCUCAGAAGAAAUUAUAACACCGAACGUAAGAAAAGCAAUUGAACGAAAUAUGAAUAGUCAAAAUAUUUUAGAUGUGUUUAAUUCGGAGGAAUUUACAGAGCAUGAUAGCAUACAUCUCGAAAGUAAGGUUGCAAGUUGGUUGCUUUGUUUAGCAAUUAAAGAUGCGAGCAAUAAUUUUGUCGGUUGGAUCGUGUACAUCAGAGAUUCCAGAGAUAUUUUUAGUCGAAAUGAUAUCAACAUGAUGGAAAUAUUUGCAAUGUUCUGCGGUUUAGCUAUCUAUAAUUGCCGUCUUUAUGAAACUGCGGCAAAAACGCUAAGUCAGUUAGAAUUUACAAACAGUGUGCUUAGCUAUCAUGCUACUUGUUAUCCAGAAAUUGUAGAUCGUUUUUUAAAUAUGGAAAUAGAAUCUGUAAAUAAUUCUCAAAUUUAUCGAUUCGACUUCAAUGACUUCUUAUAUUCAGAGGAUGACACUGUUUUGGUGGCUGUUAGCAUAUUUUUAGAGGCCAAAACAUUAUCCGUUCUCAACAUAUCUAAAGAAUUAUUAUAUAAGUGGAUACUAACUGUUAAAAAGAACUAUCGACCUGUCAUCUAUCAUAAUUGGCGUCAUGCUAUCAAUGUCACUCAAAUGAUGUUUUGUAUGUUGACUACUGGCAAAUUGCAAAUAUAUUUCACAGAAUUUGAUCGGAUUUGCCUAUUGGUAGCUUCUUUGUGUCAUGAUCUUGAUCAUAGAGGAUAUAAUAAUUCAUUUCAAGUGAAGACGAGAUCUCCUCUUGCUCUUCUUUACAGUACGUCUGUGAUGGAAUACCAUCAUAUAAGUCGAUGCCUCAUGAUCUUAAAAUAUGAAGGCACAAAUAUUUUUCGAAACAUCUCAGUUGAAAAAUAUCAGCAGGGGCUUAUGUUUAUAGAGAAAGCAAUCCUUGCUACGGACCUCCUAAUGUAUUUUGAGAAAAGAUACCUUUUCAAACAGAAAAUAGAAAUCGACGACCAAACGUUGUCAUCUCAAGAAAGUAUUGAUUUACUAAUGUGCAUGAUGAUGACUGCAGCUGAUCUUUCAGCUAUUACUAAGCCAUGGGAUAUUCAAAGAAAGACUGCUAUUAUACUUGCAGCUGAAUUCUUCGAACAAGGCGAUCUGGAGAGCCAUUUUACAUAUAAUGUCAUGCCUAUGAUGGAUCGCAAAAAAAGACACCAAUUACCUAAAACGCAAGUUGGUUUUAUUGAUUUCGUGUGUUCAAUGGUUUAUAGACUUCUUUCUCAAGUGAGUAAGGAAUUGCAACCUCUUUACGAUGGGAUGCUCGGAAACAGAACUCAUUGGUCUGAUAUUGUAGAAGGCAAAGAAGAAUUUGAUAUUGAUAGAGAGAUCGAAUUAGUUAUAAAUAACAUUUCGCUGGAAAGUGCUAUAGCAAUCGCAAACAAACAAUCACAACAAACGCUACGGUCACUUGACGUCGUGGAAGAAGGAGGAGAAGAGGAACAAAAACAAGAGGAAGAGGAAGAAGAACGAAAGCAAGAAGAAGAACAACAACAACAGCAAGGAGAAGAAGAAACGACUAUUUUAACUGAAAAACGUGCCACAUUUGGUCAAAAGGAUAUUCAGACUGAUAUUACAAUUCCAACGUAUAUUGAUCAACAGCACAUUCUCUCGUCUUUUACGACAAAAACCGUUGAAACAAAAACCACAGCGAGUCAAACGGAAAAUCUACUUCAAGACGUGUGUUCGGCGAUGGUACAGACAGACGAUUCAUCUUUGAAGGAAGCAAAACAUGUCACAGUUUUAUUGCCUCACGAAAAUCUGGUGCUUACAUUGGGAGCAUCCGGUAGCAAAUUCAUUACACUGCAAAAAGGAACUUUACCGCGAAUAUCCCAUUGUGGUUAUCAUUAUCAUCAUUAUUCAGAAAGAGGUUUACCAACAACACCCACCUCCGGUGGAAAUGACCAAAAUAGACAGUACUAGAAAGAUAAUAAAAAUUACCUUCGUCACUGAAAGGCCUUGUGACCAAUCCAAUCUUCGUUCUCAUAGUAAUCGGAGAUUGUAUUCUAGUGUUUUGUUUCAAUGGCUUGUGGUCGUUCUCGGCAAAAUAUUUCGAGCACCAAUUCUUCCUUCCUGUCUGGAAAACCAACUAUAUUUUAGCUUUCAUGGGAGUUGUAACUUCCUUGAUCGGUAUAUUGCUAGGCUGUACCAUAAUUACUCGAUUGAAACUUGAAAUACGUGGCAUGAUUUUGAUGAAGUUAAUUGCAUAUUGUAUCUGCCUCGGCUUGGAGAUUAUCAUAUCUUUCUUGCGCUGUGAAGCACCCCACUUGAACAAUAAUCCCAUGAACAAUUCUUCCCUAUAUGACAAUAUAACGUCAUUAAUUGAUGACUGUAACUGCGAUGUUCGCCAGUAUUUCCCUAUAUGUGGUUCCGAUCAACAGAAUUAUUUCUCACCAUGCCAUGCUGGAUGUCUAGAAGGAAAUUAUUUUAAUUUCACCAACUGCAAUGGAAUCCCUGGAAUGUCAGCAACGGCUGGUCUAUGUUCCUUUGAAUGUCAAGCCAGAAAUAUAUUUAUAGGACUUUCGACUAUUAAUAACAUCAUAGCUAUGGCGAGUAUUCCAGCUGGUUAUCUUUUAGUUAUAAGGUGAGUACCAAAAUAAACGG